AGAAACGAAAGCGAAAGAGCUAACAAAUGAAGAAAGGCAGAUGGCUGGAGUCCGGUGAAGUCCGUCACCAGUGCCCAUCCUGCGCAAGAGGAGCCGCUGCUACGUAGGAAUGCGACGCGCCUCAGAGCAGACAUGAGUUCUAUCAAGAAUCAGAAAAAUGACAGCUCGCAGAUGAAGCAAAUUCUUAGUCCUGAUGCAGGGAGUCCUGAAGCUGGCAGCAGUGCCCCAGUACACAACAGCAGUCCCUCCUCUCCCAGUGGUGAAUCAAAAGGUGCGGAUAAUGAGAGAAGCAGACCUCUGUGCCAACCACCUACAAGGUCAAUCAGCAGAGAGCCCGAGCAAUCCCCAUCUGUGUUCGGUGGAAAAAACAUUGCUGUUGGAAUGGAGAAGUUCCGAAGAGCUCCAGAGUGCUCCAUGGAGUUGGACAGUCUGGAAUUUGGACCCAAGCAUACAGUGUUAAUUGAUAUUAAGGCCUUCAAAACAUGCCAGACGUUAGAGCCUGUUUCUGGUCAAGAUAUGUGGAACACAGAUUAUGUGAAAAUGCCCUACUCAGAAAAAAAUAUUGUGAUAGAAAGUGGAUUGUUUUCAGAGUAUAAAAAGUCAAGAUGGGAGAAGAUUAAGAAAAGCCUUUCAAAACUAAACCGCAUCGCCACAUCAAGGGCAAUUGAGGAGGUAAUCAAGUCAUACAACAUGAAGUAUAAGGACGAAUGGCACUUUGAUGCUUUGCACAUGUUCUUUUCCAAGAUGGACGAUGGAGAAAAAAAAGAGCACUUCAGGGUCAUUGAAGGGAUGGCAAAUUUGGCUAUGCGCCUUCCAGAGAUCUGCCCAAAGCCAAUCCCCCUGCUCAAGACAGGAGAGGACCGUAUCAUCACCCUCUCACAUGAACAGAUUGCAUGCCUUUUAGCCAAUGCCUUUUUCUGCACUUUUCCCCAUCGCAACUCAAAGCAGUCAGAGUUCAAGAACUACCCAGAUAUCAACUUUAACAGGAUGUUUGCAGAGAGGUCUGAACAAAAACGAGAGAAACUCAUGACAAUUCUGCACUACUUCAGGACAGUCCUGGACAAAAUGCCCAAAGGCCUGGUAACAUUUGAGAGAAGACAUCUUAAGGACAAAAUCGACUGGAGAAGUGCUAAGCUGGGAGUGACGGACCUCCAUGUUUCAGCUGAAGGAACCAUAGAGAAGGAUGGGGCAGGCAUGCUGCAGGUGGACUUUGCCUGUGCCAUGGUUGGAGGUGGUGUAUUGGGAUCAGGCCUUGUUCAGGAAGAGAUCCGAUUUCUUAUCAACCCGGAGCUCAUUGUAUCCCGCCUAUUCACGGAGAAGCUGCAAGACUGCGACUGCUUGCGUGUCACCGGUACCCAUCAAUUCAGUAAAUAUGAAGGCUACAGCAACUCCUUCAAAUGGAAGGGCACUCGUCCCCUGCCGGAAAAUGCCAAAAGGGACAAAUGGAUGAGGCUGUACACAGAAAUUGUACUCAUAGAUGCCAUCAAAUUUAAAGAACGCCAGCAGCAGUUCCGUAUGGAUUUUAUUAACCGUGAGCUCAAUAAGGCUUACUGUGGAUUUUGUGAAAAUUACAUCCCAGAAGAUUACUGCACUGCCAUUGCUACGGGAAACUGGGGCUGUGGGGCCUUCAAUGGAGAUCCACGACUGAAAGCACUCAUUCAGAUUAUGGCUGCGUCAAAAGCUAAAAGGCAGCUGGCAUAUUUCACCUUUGGGGACCAACAACUAGCCAAAGAUAUCCGAGACAUGCACAAUUUCUUAUCUAAGCAAAACAUCUCUGUUGGUGUGCUAUAUAACCUCUUAGGUGACUACUGUAUAAAAGAAAAAUUACGUAAUACAUCUGAACUCUAUCAAUUCAUUUAUACAUGUGUUUACAACCCUCACUCCACAUAAAAUUUCAAAACGUGUAUUUCUGUCAUGAAAUAUGAGGUGAACUUCCAAAACUGCAGCCUCUGUGCCCAAGCCUGCUGUGGGGAAAGACAAAAAGAACCAAACUGGGAGGAAAGUGAAGCACUUGUUAAGAGGAAGAAAUGCUACCCUGGACUCAGACUGGGCCCACUUGAACCGUCGGGAGACCCCGUCCCAGGUGACUGUGCAAGCUGGCGAGAGUCCCCUGUUGCACUGUGCCCUUUCAGCCCAUAUUUAGAUAAAUACUUCUUUUAUCCCCUUAUGAAGCACUCACUGGUUGAUCUUGUUUUGAUUUAGAAAGCUCCAGUAAUACAUUCGAGAAGAACAGGUCUUUAUUGAUUGCAGCAAAAUUAUACAUUGGAAAACUUAAUCAUGAAUAUGAAAAUAAAUAAACUGCUUACUUUCUUCUUA